ACGUGAACUUAUUGAAACAAAAUAGAUAGAUGACCAUCUUCUCAGAACAAAGGUAUGGCAAGCUUGAUGGUGAACACCUCUAGUAAAAACAGUUCGCGCAGUGGAUCUCCUAGUAGGACAACUUCGACGUCUCAACUGCAUCAGCAACAACCGACAGCAAACUUGGAUCAUACUCCAAGAUUGCGUAAUGCCCCAAUUUCUCAAGGAGAGGGUAGCACAGGCAGUGGAAGUAGUGGUGGUGGCGGUACCGGAAGUAGCCUCAACAUGAAAAGCAGCAAUAGACAAAGGUCACCAGGAAAUUUAAUUCGUACAGGGGAUGCUAUGGAUGAACCAAGUAGUAUUUCAAACACUGCCGAACCAGACGAGUUUGUGCCAAAUGUUCAUCCACCGACUGAUGACGAAGGAGAACAAUAUCACACAACCCAAUCGUUCCUAUCAAAUGGUUCUUCUGAGUUGAUAAGCGAUGAUGUCGACUCUAGUGCAGCACGGGUUCGUCAAGCUAUUGAACAUAUUCAAAGCAAAAUUGCUAAAACGCGAGAACAGAUAAGAAUAGAACAAACCACGCGGGAUGAAAACGUCAAUGAAUAUUUGAAAUUGGCUGCUAAUGCGGAUAAGCAGCAAUUAACUAGGAUUAAAACGGUAUUCGAAAAGAAGAAUCAAAAAUCGGCGCACAGUAUUUCACAGUUACAGAAAAAGUUAGACAGCUACACAAAGAAAUUAAGAAAUUAUGAGAUGAAUGGUGCACCGACGAGUCAUAGACAACCGAGGGAAAUGUUACGCGACAUGGGACAAGGACUUAAACAUGUAGGAGGAAACAUCAGGGAUGGAAUCACUGGUUUUUCAGGAACUGUAAUGUCUAAACCAAGAGAGUUUGCUCAUCUUAUUAAAAACAAAUUUGGAAGUGCAGAUAAUAUAAAUACUUUAUCACAUGGCUCGACUUUUUAUGUAAACGAUACACCGCAUGCAGGUAAUGGUGAUAACGCUAGCGUUGAAGAUGAUAAAACUCAUCACGGAUCGGCUACACUUCCGGGUGGAUGCAGUCUGGGAUCUACCCAAAGUGCAGCGGCUAUAAAGUUUCCAUCUGAGGAAGGAUCGGAAUGUUCUAGCGUAACUAGUGAAAGCGGCCCUGGUAGUAGAGGACAGCCGCAUACGUGUCACAGUAAUAAUGCAGCCUUGAGCCUCAAAUCUAUUUUUGCAGAACUACAGGAACAUCGGGAGAAUCUGGAUCGAAUGAGAGAAAAAUUAGAUAGUGUAAAGACAUUACAACAGGAAGUGACAUAUCUUUCCCAUUCCCUCCAAGAAGAACGUUUCAGAUGCGAACGUUUAGAAGAGCAGAUUAAUGAUUUAACAGAAUUGCAUCAGAACGAAGUAGAAAACUUGAAGCAGACUAUCACAGAUAUGGAAGAGAAAGUGCAAUAUCAAAGUGAAGAUAGAUUACGAGAUAUACAUGAGAUGUUAGAGAGUUGUCAAACUAAAAUUUGUAAAAUGGAACAUCAACAACAACAGCAUCAACAAUAUGUGACGUUGGAGGGUAUAGAUAAUAGCAAUGCCAGAGCGUUAGCUGUAAAAUUGAUAAAUGUAUUAUUGACAGUAUUGCAAGUUGUUUUGCUCCUUGUUGCAACAGGUGCUGGUAUUAUGAUGCCUUUUCUCAGAACUAGCUGUACUAAGCCUCAUUGUUUCAUGUGCAGGGUGCGUAUAUUAACGACUACAUUCGUUGUACUGGGCAUAGUGUUUGUGUUAAAGCAAUGGCCUGAGGUACAUGAUGUUGGCAGCCACCUCAUGCGCCAUCUCAAACAGACGCUCGCCAUGAAGUAGCAUUGGUGGAAUACUUAAAUUUAAUGAAACCCUGUGAUGAAGCUGGGCUAGAUUGGACAUUGAAACCUUGCAUUCAUUUAUCAGCACAUUGGAGCAAUAAUAGUAUGUAUACGCGUAAAUAAGUUUAUCUUGGGUUGUUUAAAUUUAUUAUAUUAUAAGAUAUAAGGUAUUUUUGAUACUAUUAUUUAAAUUGA